CCACCAACAGUCACAGCCUUCUGGGAAGCUGGAUUUCUACAUCCCGUCGCCCUGAAGAGGAUUUCCUCCUUCCAAUGGCUCACUCUAAAUCUCUGCACCUUCCGAGUCAAGAAAAAGAGAGAGAAAAAAAUGCAUGUUCAGGUAACAAGCUUCUUAAAGAGUGAGGAAAGCACCACUUCAUCUGGGAACUAAAAAAUGAGAUUGCCGGAGAAAAUAGAAUAUCAGCGCUAAGCAUAAUGUGACAAAAAAGAAGAGGAGGAAAAGGGGUGAGAGAGGGAGAAGUUGUGCAUUCAGCUAACCCCCCUCCUCAGUCCGCCUCUUUCCACCCUCUGGAAAAGUCUCUCCCUCUCUCUCUCUCUACCUCUUUUCUCUCCGUCUCUCUGCAGCUGUGCUCUGCCGAGCAUCACCUCCACACAGCAAGUGCCUUUACUUCAGCAGAAGAGGGAGAAAGAAGAGGAAGGUGGCUGCGAGCUCCAGAGCACAAGAAACCUCAGGAGUGCGUCUGCACGAGGCAGAGGAGUGCUUCUCUCUACACUUCAUACAGAAGGGCUAAGGAGCGCACAGAGACAGGGAAGAGGCGACUGCGUUGGAGUAACGCUGUGCCGGUGGUGCCGACUGGGGACAGGGUAAUCCACUGACACUGUUGAUCCUGGUGGCUCUGGCAAAAAGCUUCCAGAAGGAGACAGAGAAGCGGAAAAGCAGACAGGAUCUUGCCAAGGGGGCAGCAUUUUACUUCGGAAAACGAAGCGUGGCGACAGCAGAAACGCACACAGAGAGACACACUCACAAACACCAGAGUGGAAAAAGGACAGCCAGACACCCACCGCAUUUAAAAAUCCACUACAACCCUUCAGUUUCUUCUGACUUAACCAAGAAAAUAGGAAAAUGUCUCAUGUUGUUGCCUGUGGAUGACGGAUAUUAACUUGGGAGAAAUUUGUCUUCUAAAGUAAGAUUUUUUUCAAACUUUGCUACUUUUUUUAUUUUUUGGAGUUGGGCCUGUAAACCGACUGAGCACAUCACAGAUUUCUUCUUAGUUACAGAAAUGGAGAGUUGUCUUGGGGACCGUUGAGAUGCCUCCUCCUGAUUCAGAGUAGAAAGUGGAUUAUGACGGCAGUAUUUUGCGAUUUCUUCUUUGCACCAUAAAAAAAAAAAAAAAAAAAAAAAAAUCCAUCUACGUCUGCUGGAUUUAUGUCUGAGAGAAGGAGAAGAUCUCAGGCAUUUUCUCUUCUCCUGUGGAUUACCUACGGGUUUUCUCUCAUGGAUGAUUGCUUGCUGCCGUUUAUUAAAAAAAAGUAUGAAAAGGGACAAGUGGCUUGGGCACAAACGGAGAUUGAUUGAAGUGAUCUCUGGGAAUCCAAUUAAUGUAUCCUGGAUUCUUUCCAAGACAGAAGCAAUGGAGGGGAAAACCACCAUCUAGUUUAAACUGAGAAACCUCUGCACUCCCCAGUCAGCAACUCUCCUCCUCCUUUCCCACCACCUUCAACCCAGGCAAGGAUGGUACCCCCGCCCCCUACCAACAAGCCCCACGUUUGCCUUUCCACCAUUCUUAUCAUGAGCAGCAUGGCAUUAAUUGAUGCCUACCUGGUGGAGCAGAACCACGGACCCCGCAAGAUUGGCAUCUGCAUCAUGGUGAUGGUGGGGGACAUCUGUUUUUUGAUUGUGCUCCGAUACGUAGCAGUGUGGGUGGGCGCUGAGGUGCGGACUGCCAAACGAGGCUAUGCCAUGAUCCUCUGGUUCCUCUAUAUCUUUGUGCUCGAGAUCAAAGUCUACUUUGUGUAUCAGAACUACAAAGCAGACAGGAAGAGCUUGGACGCUCUUGCGAGGAAAGCCUUGACGUUGCUGCUGUCCAUUUGCAUUCCAGUGCUGUUCAUUGUGCUGGUGGCCAUCGACCACAUGGAGUACGUCAGGGCUUUCAAGAAACGAGAGGAGAUUCGCAAUCGCCUCUUCUGGGUAGUGGUGGACUUGCUGGACAUACUGGACAUCCAAGCUAACCUAUGGGAGCCUCAGAAGAAAGGGCUUCCUCUGUGGGCAGAAGGCCUCAUGUUCUUCUACUGCUACAUUCUGCUCCUUGUGCUGCCCUGUGUGUCUUUGAGCGAAAUCAGCAUGCAGGGCAUAAAUAUUGUCCCCCACAAGAUGCUACUGUACCCCAUCCUCAGCCUGGUGACCAUUAACAUUAUCACACUCUUUAUCCGCGGAGGGAACAUGUUUCUGUACAGGGACGCAAGAGUAUCCGGGAUCCUAAUCGGAAAGAACAUAUUGGCCAUCAUCCUAAAGACCUGCAGCUUUGUGCAGUACAGAAGACAGUUGCAGAACGCUCCUCCUGCCUUUGGAGUGGAGCUGCAGAAAAACUCAGUUGCACAAGCUCGUCCUGCACCCACUCCACCUCAAGUGGUCAUGCAGGACCAGACGCCUCUACCCGAAGUGACAACCUGUGAACACACAUGACAUAAUGUAGGGGGUGAACCCUACGAAAUGUCAAUAUGAGUAAAUGGGACUCUCAGGAUGCUGGCAGGGAGCAGCGUUCCACACCUUUUAGGUCGUGUGAACACGCAUGUGUACACACGGGGGAUCAUGAUCCCUGAUGCUUAAUGGCACACAGGACACUGCAGACACUUAGUGCAGAUAGAGCAGUGCUGUCACAGCUGCAUUACUGAUGACUCAAAGCAUUUCCCAUGGUGAAUUUAAUUACCUGUGUAUUUUUUCUAUAUGUACAAAGAAAAAGAAAAUCUACUGCAAAAAAUAGAGUAUAUUUUUGAAUUGUGUGUUGCAUUCCAAUCGAAAACCUAAGGGUCUGUGUGCUGUGGCGUGUAUUUCUGUUUCUCAGUUGUUUCUUAGUAGUCGAGGGCUUUACCUUGUCAAAGUGAGACGAGACCCAAUGAGAAAAUCAAAGUAAUGAGGGUAAAAAAACAGUGGUGAAAGCCCUGUCUCUUAAAAGAAGUGCGUUUUUAUAUGUGACUCUUUGAUCAAAUACUGUGUAAAAGAUAAAGGCUUUCCUGCUUUCUCACUGGCUGUAAGAGGGUUUUGUCAUAAAAUCAUUUUAAAGUUAUUGGUCCAAUGAGUGUAUUUAUUUUUUUAAGAAGUUAUUUAGCAAAUGCCAACUUUGUGACCAGAGUUAGGAGAAAAAAAAUGAGAUAAUCCGUUCUGUCCAGGUGAGAAGCUUACAUCCAUCCAUGAGGGACUUCAAAAUAAACCUUGUGCCAAAACAGCAUUUGUGAAAAUAAAUGUUAAUACAGUGUACAGAGUGUGAUGCCCCUCACAUGCAGGUCACUUCUGUGCCACAAGAUGUUCAAACUGGCGUCUCAACAACAAAAAAAAUGUCUCAUCAAAACAUUUUAAUUAAUCAACACCUAACCAAUUGAAAUAAGUUGAAUUGGUUGGAUAUCCAAACAAAUUAAAGCAAUAAAUCUGUUGAUCAUUUCAAAAAGUCUGUGGUCAAGGUGCAACUUUCCAACAGAUAUUUAAACAAAUAUUAGCAGGGUAUAUGAAUAUAUUCGAGCCUGAAUAGUGAAUUUUCACAUAUGAAGAAAAAAAAAAAAAAUCAAAUAUACAUUUACACUUUCAAAAGUAUGUUUUGCUUAAUUAUUUCACUCUGGAAAAGAACAAUGCAAUGUGUAAAGUUUUCUUUCACAAAUGUAAAUUGUCUUUGAGUUUUAUCAUAUUUUGCAGGGUUAUUUCUGAUGAUGGAAUCAUUUAUGUUCAACUCUGUAUAUGCUAUGAACAGUUUGAUCAAUGCAAAUAAUGACCAUGCUGCUAUUUCUUUGAGAUUAAAUGCAUUGCCAAGAAACAACACCGAAGGAGGGUAAAUGAAUCCUAAAUAAGAAAGCCUGUUUAAUAUCCACCUCAGGCACACAGCGACUAUCUGAGCUUGUGCUUAGUGGCAACAGCGGUUGUAAGCACUGUCAUUCUGUUCCUCACACAAAAGGACAAAAUAGAUACUUUGGUGCAGUGAUGUGAAUCCACAAAAACAGCCAAGCACACGUCUUGUCUUGAUAUGACAAAUCUUGCUCUUUCACAAGCUCUUUUCCCACCCACACCACCAGUUGAGUCAGAGCUGAAGUUUUUGACUGUUUGUUUGCCUUCGUUGAAUAUAUUUCCCUCAAAGGGAAUUUUUAUUCCCUAGCAAAACUGCACACACAAAAGAAACAUUGUUCUGGUCAUCAACAGUACUAUUUUCCCCGAACGGUUCAGAUCUGGAAUUAAUUUCUCUCACCUGUGGGUGUGGGCGGGGGUGGGUGUGUGUGUGUAAUUUAAAGCACAGUGUUUGCUAAAACCCUAAGAGUGCAGGAGAUGAUCUAACAUUUCCAUCUGUGCAAGGCUCAGCUACGGAAAGGUGGCAACAUUAAGUGGCACAAACCAGGAUUUCACAUUAAGACUGCUGUAGUCAGCACUACUUGUCGGUGUUGUUGGCUUAUAAAGAUACAACAUCAGCAAUUUAGCCACUAUAAUGCACUACUGGAUAAUAUCGUUUAUACAGAACUGCUGCAAUGAAAGGAAAACAUUCCUCUUUUAAAAUAAUGGUAUAUAAAAACAAUGUAAUAUGUUCAGCUGAAUUUAUCAACACUGUACAUUUAAACAGUGUAUGGAUUUAAAAACAUAAUGUUUUUAGUGUUUUUACAAGUGACAGAAACAGAUGUGCUACACAAAUGUAACUGACAUUAAUCUAAAUAUGAAAAUUUGUAAUGAUAAUUUUCCCGAAGUAUAUCUGUACAAAUUUCACAGAAAAAAAAGAAUUAAGAUAAAGAGAUGCAUUUAAAAAACUAACUGCUAAAGCUCAACUUUAUGGAGCAGAAACUGAUGUGCUCAUUAUGUAUUAUAUUAUAUUCACAACAUGAGAAAAUCUUGCACUAAUUAAGAAAAUUUAAUGCAUGGAGAUCCAAAGUGCAGCCCAGGUGUCAAUUACAGCACGUUUUGCUCACCAGCACAUGCAGUUGGUUCACAGAUAAAAACAAUGCUAGGGUAAAAUUUUUAUUGACAGAUUCAAAUCUGCGUAAAACUGAAAAUGUUAAAUACGUGGCAAAAUAUUUCUCUUUUAUUAACCAUAUUUUUCUGCUUUAAUCUCAAAGUAGAAUCAUAAACAUCUAGUGACAUUUACUCAAAAGCAAACUUCCCAGUUAUGAAACUUGGGUAAAUACAUAAAGCUUUCCCAUUGAAACUGUCCUUGUUGACAGAAACAAAACUUGGAAAUUAUAUUUCUUUUACUGAAAAAUCUUUCCAAGGUUCCAGAUCUGAAAUAAUGUUUCUAACAAAAAUCACACAGCUUUGAUUGUUUAACAAAAUAUUACACUAGUUUAUCAGGAUACAUUAAAAUUGAUUUGAUAUUUAAUUUUUAAAAUAUAAUUUCAUAUUUUUGUUGCCUGAGUCCUUUUUCCCCAUCCUCCAUCCUUUGAUAGUAGAACAUAUUUUACAUUUUAACUAAAGCCUGGAAAACUCGCUGCUUCCUUCAGUCUUAUUAAACAGCCUGGAGGUGCAAUUUGGAGGGGUGCACGCUUUUCUCCAGCUGUGAGCCAUUAUCCAGAGGAAGCCCAGGAUAUACCCAUCUCUGUCUAUAAAGGGUCUCAUAUGGACACUGCAGUUAUCAUUUCAACGUCUUGUUGAGAUUUUUGUAGUUGGAGAACUGCCAUCGUUAACGAUCCUGCUUAAAUCUACAUAAUGCCCUUUAGUACUGGGUUCAUUAUGCACCUGCAAAUACUUCUACAACCAGGAAUCAUCCAUGUUCUGACUAAUUUUAAAUGUCAUACUGCAGGCUUAGUCUGGUGUGUUGGUGACACAUAAGCCUCAUCAUUAGAUUAGCAGUAGAUGCAUAUAAAUCCUGAAAACAAAAAAAUGAAUGCCCCUCCUGUAUUUAUAGGUAGCUUGAGAAAAGUCAGAGAUGCUUUGGAUAACUCACAGAGAAAUAAAAAGACUGAAUUUUGAUUGGUUCAGGGAAAAACGAGCGGAGAAAAGCAGUGUGGUCAAAACUGAUGAUUGGAUUGAGAACUGACAGAGCUGGAAAGUGGAACUGACAGAAAUAGAGUUGCUGGAAUAACUCAAUUUGAUCAACGGCAAAACAAACAAAC